AUGAACGCGAACAACGAAUCAACCUCCUCGGUCCCUCAAUCUAAAGACGAAAAACAACCAAAACGAACCAAUGUAUUUGCACAGCCACAUUUCAGAACAAGGUCCCGUUUGUCCUUUAGGGAAUUUCAAAAAUCGACAAAUAAUCCAACUACGCGUCAAGCGAAAACGUUUACUCCUCCGCUAAAAAGUCUUGGCAAAGAUGUAUUUAUGCGUAAUCCGGUUGCUAUGAACAGUAACACGAUAGAGACUAAUCUACGUCAUGACGAUACGACAUCGACACCCACACAGGACGUGCGUCCUCAGCAACAAGAUAUGGUUUCGGAUACACAUCAUUUAGAAUCUGAGACAGAAGAUAUCCAGAUUGUCGAACAAGAGGAGUUUCCUUCUUCAGAAAACAAUUCCACAAAGACGAAUACAUCAUUAUGUAAAUUAACCGAAUCAUUUGAUAAUGUGGAUACUUCACCCCAAGUUCGCCAAAUUGCCCAAAAAUUGUUCUCUCCAACUGCUCAUCAGCAACAAACGGGUGUUGUAACAACACGUAACUCCAAUCUCAAUGCACCAUAUUCUAUUGCAAAAUCCAAUACAUCAACUCCACUCAAUUCACCAACGCAAUUACAAACGAAACUCACAAAUAAAGUUGACGUCAAAACACCAACGGUUGAACAAACAAGCAACAACAUUCAAACCGAUGAUAAAAUUAAUGAAUUCGACAUAAUGGUGAGUGCUGUGAAUGAAUGGCAAGACGAGAUUACUGAGAAAAAUGCUAAAAUCGAGAAUCCGCAAUCAACGCCCAACCAACUUGCCAGCAUACUGAGUGGCAGAGAUCAAAGUCUCUCAAUAUUCAGCGAACGCGUUAAACUUUUUGAAAUACUUGUUAGACGGCAACAGUCGGAUUCUGAGUGUACUCGCGAACGAAUUGAUCACAUAAAAUCAAAGUAUUCCCAAUUUCGACACACACUUUCUCAGACAGUCAAGGAUUUAGACAUAGUCAUGAGUGAGAAGAAAAGGGUUGACGAAGACUUGCAACAGUUGAAAUGCAAAUUCGACGCUCUGAACAUGACACGCGAAAUACUAAUAGAAGACCACAAAAGCGUUCUGGCUGCCCAUCAAGAACAGCUUAUUGGAAUAACGACUCAGAAUAAGAAAUUAUUAGACGAAAACAGAAUUUUGCAGAGCGAUAGCGAUCGCCUGAAACGAAAUCUUCUAAUCAUCGCCGAGUACUUAUCCCAUCAGGCGGCAGAGCUUGAGUCUUCUCACGCUCAGUUGAAAAAACUGCAGGAAGAGCGCGAAGCUGACAAAAGCAAGCACAUAGAAUGUGAAAAGCGUGUCAACAUACUGUCGUCCGAUCUCAAAAAUGCUAAGCUUACUCUAGAAGCCUCACGCGAAGAGAUUUCGCGUCUUGUAAGUGCUUGUAUGGAGAAAGAUAAGCGGCUUCGAAAUGAUCGGGCAGAGGAAUUACGACUGGGAAGCGAACUACAAUUGUUAAGACAACAACUGGACGAAGUCGUGCAAGAAAAAGAACACAGGUUUGAUAUUUUCGUUUAUGAUGGAUACUACCAACGUUUUUCACAUGGACUAACAGUUCAUGCAACAUCAAAUCAUAGCGACUCUCAUUUGGCUGUUAUUGAGAAAGCAUCAGUGGCCGUCGGAACCUCUGACUGUCCAGACAUGGAUCUAGCAAGACAGCAUGCUAUGAUGUUACAGAUUUUUGGAAAAAACUGUAUGGAUUACAAUCUUCGUGAGCAAGAGCUUCAAAGAAAAUUAGACGAGACAAAGGCUAACACAAGCAAGUUCGAAUCUCAAUUUAACAACUUGCAGCUUGAGUACGAGACUUUGCAGCAAGAGCAUGAUAAACUUUUGGUAGAACAUACCAGCAUUGAUAGCAAGCAUAGGCAAUCAAUUGAGCAAACACUGAAUAGAGCUGCUCAAUAUUACCAGGAUUUGGCAAACCAAGCAGCUGUAAAUCAUAAUAACGAGGUUUGCAAACGCGACAGUAAAAUCCAUGAACUAGAGUCGAUAGGAGCUUCACUACAAGAAGAAAUCCGGACUUUACAGAAUACAUUGGCUUCAAUGACAGACAAAAGGAAGGAACUAGACAAUAAUUCUACAAAUCAAAUUACUAGAACGGAAGUUCUCGAUAGUUCGAAUGACGGACAAGGCUUCCCAGUCGGCAAUGAGACAUCCGCCAACGUUUUAGAACAAGCUUUAAACAACCCCCAAAUACCAUUAUCGUCUUCUUCGACUGGUAUAAACGAACAGCGCCUAUCUGACGACAGUCAACAACCGACUGUACUCCCAAGGUUGAAACGUCGCAAGAUGAUACUAGCAACAGCGAAUUCAGACAGAGAAAACGAACCCUUUGUUGAGAAUCGACCGGGAAAAUUAAAGUAUAACUUGAAUACCGAAAACUACCAUUUUUACGUCAUUGAAAUUGAAACAGGAGCGAUAAAAGACAAGAUUGUCUACGAGAACGACAAGAUAUACGCAAAUCAUCAUAGUGGAGUUAGCAUGUUGGGAAAUCUGUUUGCUGUCCUGUCAGUGCAGUAUCAAACAAUAUACAUAAACCUUUUAAGGGAUGACGGUCGUAUUAUAAAACUCCACAACAUUGGCUACUACGCCUUUGAAGAUGAUGAAUUAAUAAUAGCACAACACGAAAAGAUGGAAGAGAAAUUUCAGGCUAAUCAUAACCAUACCACUAAAAAGGGUUUUGGAAUGCCUUGUGUGAAUAAUAUCGAAGCUAAAACGGACGAAGACAAUAUGCCAUACAUACAGUCAACGUCACCUGUAUUCUAUCCAUCAGCAUGUAACAAUAAUAGAGACGACCAGGUGGUUCCAACGAUUGAAUCAGAUCAAACUCAAAAACAGCAGAGAAACGUAAAGAGAUCCAGAGGUUUCUUGGUACCAUCAACUGGAGAUGCGACUCCAUUAAUAGGUGGUAUUAAGCAUCGCGUGCUUUCAUACUUGUAUAGGCUGGCAUGUAACAAGACUGACCGAAAUACAUGUGUGGAGCAUUUUUAUCGAACAUUCCCUCAAUUAGAAUUACUUACAAUGUGGAGAAUGCAAUUUAUUGAUGAAUCUCACUUUUUGAUCAAGUUUGCUUGUCCUGACUGCGUAAGCGGGCGACAUUCAGAGACCGUUGGUCAUCCUUGCCUAUUUGCAGUCUACAAUUAUCAGACAACCGAGGUGGUAGCCGUAUAUGAUAACGCGUCCAAAGAAUUUUUAGACAUCUUCAAGGACUAUUGUGACCAUUUACGUUUUGUGGCAUUCAAUCAACCCUUUCAUUUUGAUGCAAACUGCUCAAACAACAUUUAUGCAAGAGAAUAUUGGAAUAAAUAUAAACAUAGUUUGAAACAGCGACUUGGAGGGGAGAUAGCGGCAAGAAGACGUCUUCUAUCAGUGUUACCUUAUGGACCUCAGACAUAUAGUGAAACUCCUUUUUUCGAUAUAUCGCUGUUCGCGUACGAUGAAAAGUUUCACUUGUCAUGUGAGAGGCAAGUUCAUGGCAUGGCAUUCUUCUGUUAA